AAGCAGACGUGUGUGUAUCGGGAGGAACGGGAAGCCAUGGCGGCCGUCGAGCCCGAGUGGGAGCCGGCGGGGCUGCUGCCCGCCCCGGGGGGCGGCCUGGACUGGGAGGCGGUGCUGGGCGAGGAGCUGAGCGAGCUGCUGGGCGCCGCGGCCCCCAAGGACGAGCCCGACGAAAAUGAUCUCUACAACUUCCAUUUUGAUUUGGAUUUGAUGUCUUGGGACUCGGACCUUUGGAAUAUUACAGGCCAUGCCUAUGCAGAUGCCGAUGUGAAGACAGAACCUUUGUCACCAGCCGCUUCCAGCUGCUCGGUCCCUUCGCCACCGUCUGUGGACUCUCCAGUGCAGAAUGUGCCUGAUGAUAUGGACUUCAGCUGUAGCUCCCAGAUGUCUCCCAUCUCUCUCUACAGCAAGAGCUGCAGAAGCCCUGCCUCCCCUGAAGGAGAUGGAGGGAAGAAGCCUGCUGGGAGCAUCUCUUCUCGAUCUGCAAAUAAUUCUGCGAGGAGCCUGAAGAAGUGUGGUCAGACAGUGUCCAGGCCUUUGCUACAACCCAAACCCCUUUUGCCUGCUGUGCCUGAAGCUCAGGCUAACAUUGGCAUCCCAGCUAAAACCAUCAUUAUUCAGACUCUCCCCACGCUUGUGCCACUGCCAAAGAAUCAGCCAGUUGUUAACAUCCAGCCUGCACCUCCUAAAGGUCCGUCUGUGGUGCUGCCCCAGCCUGCUGUGGUACAGCUCCAGGCUUCUGGGGUGCUUCCUGCCUCUCAACCAGUCAUUGCAGUGGCUGGAGGGGCCCCAGCUCUCCAGAACCAGGCGGUGAAGGCGCUGUCUGCAGCUGCUGGGAGCGGCUCCAGCAGCGGCAAAGUCCCGGUGACAAAGCCCCUGCUCCAGAGCAGCGCCCCAGCCAUGGGGCUGGAUGUCAAUGUCUUGAGGCGGCAGCAGCGCAUGAUCAAAAACCGCGAGUCAGCCUUUCAGUCACGCAAGAAAAAGAAGGAAUACAUGUUGGGACUGGAGGCCAGGCUGGAGGCAGCCCUGCUGGAGAAUGAGAAACUCAAGAAAGAAAACAGCACGUUGAAGAGGCAGCUGGAUGAAGUGGUAUUAGAGAACCAGAAGCUCAAAGUAUCAUCUCCAAAGAGAAGGACACUGUGUGUGAUGGUCAUACUGGCCUUUAUAAUGUUGAAUUAUGGUCCAUUGAGUGUAUUUGAAAAGGAUCCCAAUGGAGCAGAAUCCACUGUGAGUUCUAACCACCGCACCAGAAACCUUCUGGAGUUCUCAGCUGGCCAGGAGUCCAGCACAGCUCAGAAGGUACCUGAGGGCAUCAUUUCUGAGGAGAGGAACAGGUACGACCGUUCCGUAUCUGAUAACAAAGCACUAAUGAUAGUCUCAGAAGAACCACUGUUAUAUAUUUCACCACCACCACCCCCCUGCCGGCCUCUGAUCAACAGGACAGAGUCCCUGAGGCUGACCCACGAGCUGCGGGGAUGGGUGCACAGGCACGAGGUGGAGCGCACGCGGUCCCGGCGCCUGAGCAACAGCCAGCAGCAGCAGCAGAGAGCACGAGUGCCACAGAGCUCCCUCAGUGACAAAACAGAUUCCCAGCUAAUGGCCAUGCCUUACACAGACACCAGUCUCAGCAGGAACUCAGGGAAUGAGCUGCAAGUGUAUUAUGCCUCUCCCAGGAGCUACCAAGACUUCUUUGAAGCAAUUCACCGGAGGGAGGACACGUUCUACGUGGUGUCAUUCCGCAGAGACCACCUGUUACUGCCAGCCACCACACACAACAAGACCAGGAGACCAAAGAUGUCUAUAGUGCUGCCAGCUGUAAACAUCAAUGAGAAUGUGAUCAACGGGCAGGACUAUGAGGUGAUGAUGCAGAUUGACUGCGAGGUGAUGGACACCAGGAUCCUGCACAUCAAGAGCUCAUCUGUCCCUCCCUACCUCCGGGAGCAGCGUAGGAAUCACAGCCACCCCUUCUACAGCUCGUCCCCCUCGGUCCCAGAGACACCCCACGCCCUGAGGGCCAUUGUCAAGUCCCUGCAGUAGCUCCUGUGACAUGCAGCAGGUCCUGCUGCCAGCCUGAGCCCUGACCUUACCCAGUGGCCCCAUCCUGCCUGGGAUUAUGCAGCUCAGCUGGCUCCUGGCCAGGGACAGUCCUGGGCACCCCACAUGGGGGACAGGGGCCAUUCCUGCUACUUCUGCACUGUCCAGAACUGGGGUUGUUCUGCAUUUUUGUCCCUGUUGGGCUGCCAGAGGUGGGCUGAUGAGCCAGAGACACGGCAGCAGACACCUCCACUUGGGGUCUCACCCUGCAGCAUGCCUGGGCAGCAGGAGGAGGCCAUGUCCACCUCCCAGCUGCAGGUGCUGGGCCUGACCAGGCAGCCCCACUCCUCACCAUUCCCUGCCCAAAUCCUGGUCAGCAGGAAGCCCAGGGAUGCAGCAGUGUGGUGGGGCAGCCCAGCCCAGCCCCCCCAGGAGGGUCUGGGACCCCACUCACCCCUAAAGCACUACAAGCA